CCGAAAACCAUCAACAAUCCAUGAAAGGCUCAAUAAAAAUAUGGUAAACCCUAAAAUCACAGUUGGAGCACUAGUUUAUUACGUGAACCGCUUUCAUUCUCCUUAGCGCCGCAUUCCUUCCAAAGCUCCAAUUCACCGCCAACCAUGCCUUCACACAAGACUUUCAUGAUCAAGAAGAAGUUGGCCAAGAAGAUGAGGCAGAAUAGGCCCAUCCCUUACUGGAUCCGUAUGCGCACUGAUAACACCAUCAGGUACAAUGCGAAGCGUAGGCAUUGGCGCCGCACCAAGCUAGGGUUCUAAGCACCAUGAGCUUAGUUGGGUUCAAGCUUUUCUUUUUUCCCAAGUUUAUUUGCAGACAUUUUGAUGUGGGGUUUAAUAUAGAAAACUACCAAGGAUGAAGGAUUCUUAAAUUAAAGAUUUUGAUGAGAUUUUUGGCAA